CAACAUUCUGCUACUUUUACAGCAUCUGUUCUGCAUUUAUAGUUUGUGAGAAGCCCAUAAGGAUAAGCCAGUAGUAUGUGGAAAGCAAGUGCUGGUCAUCAGAUACAGGCCACGAGUGCCGCCGAAGAUGAUGACUGGGAGACCGAUCCGGAUUUUAUCAACGAUGUCAAUGAACAAGAGCAGCGCUGGGGAUCGAAGACGAUCGAUGGCAGUGGCCGCACAGCGGGCGCCAUUGACAUGGACAAGUUGCGCGAAGAGACGGAACGCUCGGACUUGGACAAGAAAAAGCAAUUAUUAAAGGAUCAGAAUGCUGGCUAUGGCUACGGUGGAAAGUUCGGUGUGGAGAAGGAUCGAAUGGACAAGUCGGCGGUGGGCCAUGACUACCAGGAAAAGGUGGCUAAGCAUGCCUCGCAGAAGGAUUACAGCGACGGAUUCGGUGGUAAAUUUGGUGUGCAAUCAAAUCGUGUUGACAAAUCAGCUGUGGGCUGGGAUCACAUCGAGAAGGUUGAGAAGCAUGCCUCACAGAAGGAUUACUCGUCGGGCUUUGGUGGCAAAUUCGGUGUGCAAUCGGAUCGAGUGGAUAAAUCGGCCGUCGGUUGGGAUCACAUUGAAAAGGUCGAAAAACACGAGUCACAGAAGGAUUACUCCAAGGGCUUUGGGGGUAAAUUUGGUGUCCAGGAGGAUCGUAAGGACAAAUCCGCGGUGGGCUGGGAUCAUAAAGAGGCCCCACAAAAGCAUGCCAGCCAGGUGGAUCAUAAGGUCAAGCCAGUCAUUGAGGGAGCUAAACCUUCGAAUCUGCGUGCCAAAUUCGAGAAUCUGGCCAAGAACUCCGAGGAGGAGUCGCGCAAGCGAUCCGAAGAGCAGAAACGUUUGCGCGAGGCUAAAGACAAGCGGGAUCGGGAGGAGGCAGCCAAGCAGACGGUCGCGGAGAACACUCCCCGAACCUCUACUGAAACGCCGCCACCGAAGGGCAGUCGGGCGGCCAUCCAGACGGGUCGGGCUGGAGGCAUUGGCAAUGCCAUCAGUGCGUUCAAUCAAAUGCAAUCACCCGUCUCUGAGACACCUCCGGCACGCAAGGAACCCAUUGUCAUUCCCAAAGCACUGCCGCCUAAAGUGGAAGUGGCUGACGAACCACAACCAGAGUCACCAGCUCCGGUUGCUGCUGCUGUUCCUGCUCCCGCUCCUGCGCCUGUUGUGGUCAAAGAGGCAGCACCCCCCGCAAAGGUCAUUGCUCGACCUCCGGAUGUUGUGCCUCAGAUUGAGGUUGAGACCGUGGACACGCCCCCCAGAAGUGAACCCACAUCCCCAGCGCAUGAGCCAACGCCUCAAGUGCAACGUCAGGCCGAACCGCAAUCGCAACCGCAACCUGAACCUGAGCGAGAGCCUGUGGCGGAACCGCUAUAUCAAAAUCAGGCGGAGAUUAAGGCUGCCUCGCCACAGCCACCGGCAGCUUCCCCCCUUCCACCAUCAACGAAUGGUGCCACGCCUGAGCCUGCCCCAGAAGCUGGUGCUGCUGCUGCCACAACCUCUGAGGAGGCCAUCUAUGCAAACUCUGAUAAUCUUGCCGACUACUUGGAGGACACUGGCACACAUGCCCUGGCGCUCUUCGACUACCAGGCGGCCGAUGAUGAUGAGAUAUCGUUCGAUCCCGACGAUUUGAUCACCCACAUCGAGAAGAUCGAUGAUGGGUGGUGGCGUGGACUGUGCAAGAAUCGCUAUGGCCUCUUUCCGGCCAACUAUGUGCAGGUUGUCGAACAAAAUUCCUAAGUUCCAUGAAACAGUAUGCUUCCGUUUGAAAUUCACGAUAGAACAAAAUCAAAUUGUAUUUACUUUACUUACUAACCGAAACAACAAAUAAUACAGAUGUUGGAUUAUAAAAUCGAUCCACUACUAACCCAAACCCAUUUUGUGUGCCCCUCCCCCCACAAGCAUUGUGUCCCAUUUUGUGUGCAACGAACUGCUAGAGAUUGAAAUUAUUAUUGUAAUUUGUUAUUCUAGCACUUGAACGAACUAUUCAUGGUAUUCCAUAUAUAUUUGAUAUAUCAUUUACAAAAAUGACCAUUUUACAUUCUU